GAACUAUAGAGUUUAAUAAGAUAUGAAAAUUUUACUUAUAAGAUAUUUUCUCUGGCAAUUCGCGAUAACUUUUGUGGAUCUCAAAGAUGUGAUCUCUGAUGAAAAACAUGAUUUAGGGAAUGAUGGUAGACAAGAUACGAUCGAUUUUGAUUCACAUCGAUCGAAUAGAAGGUUCAAGAAAGACGAUGACGAGGAGUGGCAUGUAGCUCAUUUAAAGAAAAGAGAUAAACCGAGCAAUAGUAGAUGUAAAGCGGAGACAUUACAAGAUAGAAUCUCUAGAUACAAACAAUCGAUUAGAGAAGAUGCUGCAUUAUUAGAAUUCGUAUCAGUUGACGCGAUCCCUGUUGAUGUUAAAGAUAUUAAAGAUCCGUGUUUAAAUGACACAGAUAUAGAGAGACGUAAUGAAGACAACGAAAAUGUGACUGUAAAAAAUAAAAAUAUUACCAAAUUAGAAGAAUCCACAGCAAACGUUACUUUGGAUGGAAUACUAUAUAAACCAGCAACAACUGCAAAUGUAAAGGAAGUAUUAACUGAAGCCGGUGUCGAUAAAGAAGUGGAAGCAGAGAAGAUUAGACGCAGCGAGUAUCAAUUCAGUUCUAUAGAGUAUUACGAAGAGACGUCAGAUUUCGACCCCUCGACGUGUCCCGAUGAAGUCGACGUGAUCUCUCUCCAAGUGGAUGACCUACAGAAGAUCGAUAUAGAGUGCGAAUUGAUGAUAGAAUGGAAGAGUCUGGAAUAG